AUGUCCACCCAACAAUUUGCAAAACAUCAGCCCCAAGGCUUCUCCAACCGCAUCGAAAGGGUUUCAAUAGUUGGAGCUGGUGGCCGACAAGGCGCCCAGAUAACCGAGCAACUACUCAAGACUGGAAAACACGCUAUUACUGCCCUCACUCGCAUCGGCAGUACUUCCAAGCUUUCCGACAAUGUCAAGGCUAUCCCUGUGGAUUAUAAAGACGAAGAGUCUCUGGCAUUGGCACUCAAGGAUCAGCAGCUUCUCAUCAUUACUCUCGCCGUCAGUGUGGACCCAGAAGUCCAUCAUCGCAUCGUUCGUGCAGCUGGAAAAGCGGGCGUCCGCUAUAUUAUCCCCAAUAUUUACGCUGCCAACGUGGUCAUUGAGAACCAAGGUUCCGUCGAUGACUUCUUCCCCGCUGCACCGCCAAUCAAUCUCCUCAAAGAAAUUGAGCGCGUUGGCGUCAGCUCAUGGAUCCUACUCGUAGGAGGCGUCUGGUUUGACUAUAGCCUUCCCUCUGGAGAGUCUUUCAUGGGCUUUGAUAUCGAUAACCGCAAGGUUACGUUGUUCGAUGAGGGUGAAGCAAAGAUCAACACUAGCACGUUGGCUCAGUUCGGUCGUGCCGCUGCUGCCAUUGCCAGCCUCAAAGAGUUCCCAGACAAUGAAACCGAUCAAUCCCUCAGUAUCGCUGAAUUUCGAAACAAACCUGUGUAUCUUUCGAGCUUUUAUGUCAGCCAGAAGGAUAUUCUAAAAAGUAUUCAGCGAGUCACAAGCACAACAGAUGCAGACUGGGAGAUAAAAUAUGAGAGCAGCGCUGAUCGAAUUGAGAAUGGCAAGGCGAUGGGGAGAUCUGGCAACAUCAUGGGACUCGUGCAGGCUUAUUAUUCAUUUAUUUUCUCACCAGAGGGCCAAAAGCUGAAGACCCAAGAUAAGCUGCACAAUGAGCUUCUUGGGUUGCCGGAGGAGGACUUGGAUGCAGUGGUCAAAGAUUGUGUUGAAAGGGCCGAGAACAAGUUCCGAGCACUGUGA